AUGAGAGAAGUACAAGCCCUCGAAGCGCUUGGCGUUGCCCCCGACAGCAUCUGGGGCGAUGAAGACGAAACCAUUGUCUAUGCCCAAGUGCUUGGACAAGGAAAGGCAAUCAUUUUCCGUUUCCAGCGGAGCCAUGACAGCUCGCCCCAGUCAUUGCCAAGCCGGAUUGUCUGCUGCUAUCACGACCUCGAGGUGCCAGAUGGGGCAUUCACUUUCCAGGAUCGCAGCUCAAUGCGAAGCGCCUUAUGGUCUGCCAUAGCCACGGUUUGGCCUCAUUGCAUCAUGGAUCUUGCGAUUACCGACCCUGGAGUUGUGGUUGAUAUCCUUCCUGGAGAGAUCCAGGAGAUUGUCUGGAGGGUUUACCAGGAACCACUCUUUGAUCAGUAUCUCGCCCUCCUCCGCGAUAUCCAGUCAAGCGACCUGGUUUCUGAGGGCCACUCUCCUCGUACGCUUGACAUCUCCGAGGUUACCCUACUCGAGGUAUUGGGCGGUAGAGGCUGCUCUAAGCGGGUGCAGGUUCAAGAUUCAGGGAAGCCAUCAACGCUUGUCUUCAAAGGAGUUGAUUUUCAAACAUACCUGCAGCUUCACGAUGACGACGACGAAUUUGCCCGCACCACGGUCGAUGUUUGGAGACGUUCUAGCAAAUUAAUCGCCAACAUGCCACGCCAUCCAAACAUCCAAUCGCCACCGCGGUACCUAGUAUCGGUGCGCGACUCCAACCAGAACGCUGUGCUUGUUGGUCAUCUAUCAACCUAUUUCGCUAGAGGCGACCUCGGUAACGCAAUUUACGCAGUCAAUGCAAGAAAAUCGCAAAUCCCCUUGCAGCAAAAAGCUAAAUGGUGUCAUCAAAUGUGCCUGGCAAUAAGGCACACCCACCGGGUCACGCAUACGUUCCACAUGGAUAUAAAGCCCGGAAAUUUUAUUAUUGACGACCAAGAGAACCUGAUCCUCAUUGACUGGGAGCAACACGGUGCACCAGCAACCACACUCGCCCCCGAGGCCGACGGAACCUGGGACGUGGAAGAACAAGAUACGAAGGAGAACGGAUCGACGAAGCUGGUCUACACCAAAUAUACGGGCCCAGAGCGUCGGAAUAUGCCGGAAGGCAGUGGACGGGAGAGCUUCAAUGUUUGGAAUGUCUUCCCAGAGUGGCAAGCGAGUUGCCCUAAAGCUGUUGAGUUGGCCGAGGUGUUUGCGUUAGGGAGGACCAUGUGGAUGCUUCUGAGCCAGACAGCCACCGACUUUGACGAGGUUGAGCACCCCGAUGAUGUUCAGGUCACCUGGGCAGGGGAAAACGAUCCUCCAUCCCAUUGGGUCGAAAUCGUGGAAAAUUGCAUGAAGGUCGAUCCAAACGAUCGUCCAUCGUUGGACAGCCUGGUAGAGUUCUGGGAAGGCGAAACAUAUUCCCUUGAAAAGCAACGCUCCCCAUUUCGGCUCAGAAUACUAUAA